AAAAAAAAGGGCUGAAGAGUCCUAGGGAGAUGAGGCUAUUUUUGUUUGAAGCUGAUACUUCUAGCUGAGCCACAAGUGCUGCUUGGAAAGGGCUUAGGUUGUUUCCAGGGGGAGAAUUCUGCAGAGGAGAGGCAAAGUUCAACAGGACAACAAAGAAGCAGCAGAAACAGCCAGGAAAACGAAGAGCCCCCAGGUUUUGACACAGAACCCUCCACCAGAGUUCUCAAAUCCCCAAAUACUCUGCAAAGUGCAACUUGACGGGAACUUUUCAACUGACUUUUACUUUUGACGACCACCAUGACUGAGAUCACUGCUGAAGGAAAUGCAUCUACAACCACAACUGUGAUAGACAGCAAAAAUGGAUCUGUGCCCAAAUCCCCCGGAAAAGUGCUGAAGAGGACAGUCACAGAAGACAUAGUGACGACGUUCAGCUCCCCUGCAGCCUGGCUUCUGGUCAUUGCCCUGAUAAUCACGUGGUCAGCUGUUGCCAUCGUUAUGUUUGAUUUAGUGGAUUACAAAAACUUUUCAGCAAGCUCUAUUGCCAAGAUUGGCUCAGAUCCUUUAAAACUGGUACGUGAUGCUGUGGAGGAAACCACGGACUGGAUCUAUGGCUUCUUUUCUUUGUUAUCUGACAUCAUCUCAUCUGAAGAUGAAGAUGAUGAUGAUGGUGACGAAGAUACUGAUAAAGGAGAAAUAGAUGAGCCUCCCUUGAGAAAAAAAGAAAUACACAAAGAUAAGACUGAAAAACAAGAGAAACCUGAAAGGAAAAUACAAACUAAAGUUACACACAAAGAAAAAGAAAAAGAAAAAGAAAAAGUAAGAGAAAAAGAAAAACCUGAAAAGAAAGCAACUCACAAGGAAAAAAUUGAGAAAAAAGAAAAACCAGAAACAAAGACAGUGGCAAAAGAACAGAAGAAAGCUAAGACUGCAGAAAAGAGUGAAGAAAAGACUAAAAAGGAAGUGAAAGGUGGAAAACAGGAGAAAGUGAAGCAAACAGCUGCAAAAGUAAAAGAAGUACAGAAAACACCAUCAAAACCCAAAGAAAAGGAGGACAAAGAGAAAGCAGCUGUGUCAAAGCAUGAACAGAAAGAUCAGUAUGCAUUCUGUCGAUAUAUGAUUGACAUAUUUGUCCAUGGGGAUUUAAAACCAGGACAAAGCCCAGCCAUUCCACCUCCAUUACCGACAGAACAAGCUUCCAGACCCACUCCGGCAUCACCUGCCCUUGAAGUACAAAUGGAGGUCUUCCUCAGAUCACAGCCACCCUAGAAAGGGGUAGAAACCCCUAGCUCAGUCCCACAUUGGAAAGGAUCUUCUGUGUGCAAUGUGGACACUCCAGCCUGCUUGUUCAAGAUCUUCCCACUCGGCUCAACAACUGCCCAUUGGCUUUGGCCAUCCCUUGAGACUAAGUGAUGACACUCAUGAGGAUUCAUCCAGGAAGAAGUUACUAUUGUAUAUCACUUACCUAGAGAGUAAACAAGUGAUUUAGAAACAACCAGUCCAAAAAAAAAAAAAAAAAAACAGAAAGAAAAUAGACCAAAAAAAUCAGAAUUACAUUUCUUUUGGCAUUUGGACUAUAAUAGUUCACAUGACUUAAGAGAAUUUGACGCAAAACUAUCUCACUCGCCAAAAUGUUCAUUGGACAAGACAACACCUAUAAAUAAUAGCGUUGCCUUAAUUUUUUAUGGGAUUCUAAUUCUGUUGUUGUUUCCAGAUGGACAUAAAGCAACGAAUUCAGAUUUCCCAACUUGAGGGAGACUUUGAUAGUCAGAUUAUUCAAGUGUUUGAUGCCAAGUUAUCUCCUAGCAGAGGCUCAUAAAACACCAAGUAGCAAAUAUUUUGCUUAGCAAUCUGUCACUUGGAAAAGGAUGUGUCAUUUGUUAAGUAGGACGCUUAGGUUCUGUUACUGUAUUUAUUUAUUUAUUUAUUUUUUAUUUUUUAUUUUUUUUUUCUUGAGACGGAGUCUUGCUCUGCUGCCCAGGCUGGAAGUGCAGUGGCACCAUCUUGGCUCACUGCAAGCUCCGCCUCCCGGGUUCACGCCAUUCUCCUGCCUCAGCCUCCCGAGUAGCUGGGACUACAGGCGCCCGCCACCAUGCCUGGCUAAUUUUUUGUAUUUUUAGUAGAGAUGGGGUUUCACCGUGUUAGCCAGGAUGGUCUCAAUCUCCUGACCUCGUGAUCCACCCUCCUUGGCCUCCCAAAGUGCUGGGAUUACAGGCAUGAGCUCCUGUUAUUUUAUUUAAAGAGCAAUGUAAUUUGACAGUUCAUCCAAGAACCUAGUAAUAGGCUGUGGUGAAUAAAAUAACAAGGUUUGAGGAUCACAAGCCUUUGUCAGUGUCUUCUCUGAAAGCUUGAAGGCUGCUAACUCUGAGCAGCUUGGGGAGUCUAUAUUAUCAGGCAAUGCUGAGAUCAUGGGCUUUGUCAGGGCUUGCAGAUGUGCUGCGUAUGACUUCAUUAACAUAAUUGAUUAGGAGCUAGGACAUAUUUAGUAUUAAUCAGGCUGUUUUUAGUGAGGCUGAUUAUGCCAGUCCUCUUGAUGCACUAUUUUAGUCUGGAACUUCCUUAGAACCAAGCUGCAAAAAGAAAAAAAAAAAAUAAAGGCUUUAUGUAAAAAGGAGGAACUUUCAUGUGGCACUAAAGUAUGCUGUUAUAUUUGAGGAAUACAAUUAUAUCAGGUCAAAAUGUAGGAGAAUGUACAUAUUUCAAUUUUAAUGUUUUUUAAAAGUAGAGCUCAUAUAGAGACUAGAUUAUUAAAUUUGUUCACAGGAGACUAGAAACAAAUAAAACUUCAUUAGUAGAAAUCUAAAAAAAAUGUGGCUCUGUAUGGGUAAAAGAAUACUACAAAUCUGUAAAGCCAAUACUACAAGUCUUUAAAGCCCAUAAAAGCCUUCUUUGUGCUUUCAUAGCGUUUAAGAAACAAAACUUCCACAGUACUUACUUUGUUCUGGGAAGUAUCUGUGUACUUCUUGUCUCAGUCCACUUAUUUAGUGCCUUGAAAUUGGUCUUGCCUUUCUUGGAUUUCUGUGUUGUCCCCACAUUGCGUGCUUUGUCUGCCAUAAUGAAGUUUUUAUUACUUUGAAUUUUUUGAUACAAAGGGACUAAUUAUAUAUUAAAUCAUUUAUUUCCUUUGACUCUUAUUUUAUGUUUUAGAAUUUGUUUGGCCAGGAAAAAUUGGCUACAAUAGGUUUUGAAAAGAUCUUGUACAAUAACCACUUCACAUCAUCAUUGUGGUCAUUGUUGUAAAUUUGUAUUUAAUUAUGGAUAUAACUGAAACUAAUUUAAAAUGAACCUAAUGUAAAUAUAAUAUUAAUUCUCAUCCUUUAAGCAAUUUUGAAUUCCCAUGUCUAUUGGGAGCUCUUACUAGGGCUGAAAUGCCUACAAGUUCAAAGGGACACUGUAGUUAUCCAUUUCUUUCAAAAAUGGGGCUGACUUAUGUGAGGUUUUUCCUCAAAUCAAAUAGUAUCUUAUAAUAUUAACAUUAUAGGUGAUUUUAGCUCUUAGCAUGAAAGGUCCUUUAUCAUCAAAUGUUUUUCAGCAUCUCUGCUAACCUCUUACCUCAAGAACUGUAUUUCUCAGAAUCCUCAGUGGUUAAGCAGAACAACUUCAGGCAAUGUUACCCGCCCUCUUCCCAAUUACCAAGGAAGGCAGAAAAGCUGUUUCAUAAAAUCCUUGUAUAAGCAAAAUUACCAUAUAUGAUUCCAUUCAUCUUUAAUCAACAAUACCAGAUAAUUUCUUUCCCACUGCUUUCACCCACAUGUAAUUAUUGGGCAUUUAGUAUAAAAUUACCAGGACUCCUCUGUUGUGGCAAAGAUGUGGAAGGAAGAAGUUAAGUUAUACUUAAAUUACUUUUAAUAUUUCAUUAAACAGCUGCAAUUUACAUGAAUGAAGUCGAAUAGAGAAAGGUGAAUUACUAUCAAGUACCCUAUAUCUUGUUGAAUAAAUAUAUAACUAGUACUUAGUCUUGCAAUUAUAAAUAAUAUUAUAAAUGCUAACACUUGUAUGUGAACAAGAGAACUCUAGAGAGAAAACCAGAGUCCUGCCCAAUCUCAGCUUUGAUACUAAUGAGUUGCAUGGUCUUUGACAAAUCAAUUGACUUCUUAGGGCCUCAAUUUCUUCACCUAUGAACCAAACUUAAAUAGUCUCUAAAGUCCCUCUGUGCUUUUAUACCCAAAGAUUUCACACCUGUAUUUUUCAGGCUGGUAGAUUGGUAAUAAACUGCCAGAAGAACAGAGUGAACCCUACAUAGCUUUGCCUAGUGGUUAAAUAGCAACUGUAGAUAUGAUAGAGAUGUUAAACUUGUUGGGACAAUGGAUAAUACUAUGAAGCAUUAUUUACUGAAACACAAAAAUAAGUUACAUAAAUCAUAAAGGCUGUAAAAGGAGGAAGAUGAGAUAUAAAUGAGGCAAGGUUAUCAAGUGAAACUGCAAGUCUUUCAUUGAGCCAUAAAGAGUAAGUUAGUUGAAUUUGUAUAGAUACAGAGGAGAAAGGAACAUUAUAUAAAAUUUAUUAUAAGAUAAUUUUUUACCAUAGGAUGCAUCUGAAGACAAUAUUCUACAGGAGCUAGUAAGGUUUUAUUUACAAUUCUAUUAAACCAAGAACUUUAUUACCUUAGCUCCUCAGUGAGAUAUAUCCUGAGAAGUAAAAAAAUAAAAUAAAAUAAUAAAAUAGAAAUUUGGCCUCAAUUUUUAUUUCAUUAACUCCAUGACACAAUAGAUUUUAUUGAACUUCAGGUCAAUAUAAUAUUUUUCUUUGUUUUGUGGAGAAAUAAAGUCAUAUCUUUUGGUGAUUUUUAAUAGGAUUGCCCUUUAGUUACAAAUUAUGAUAAAAUAUAUAAACCAAACUACUUUUACCACCUAUUUAACUUAAAGAGUUGCUAAUAACAAUAUAGCACAUUUUCUAGCACAGUUAGAUACUCAACCAUUGGUUGCUGUUAAUAUUUUUUAUAUCAGGAAAUUUCUUAUACAUAUAAAAACCAUUAAUUUUAUGGUAGCUCUUUAUUGGUAUCCACAGAAGCUAGUAAGGUGAUUGCUUUCAUGACAUUGGUCAGUAUACAUAAAACUCUAAUAUAAUUUUUCAAUACAGGACUGGAACCAUAUCUUGGAAUGUUUUGUAUACACAGCUAAAGCUUUUACAUGUCCUGAUAGACUGUGUAGUACUGCUUAAGCAAUUGAGCAGAGAGUAGUAUGAUUAACUUUGUCUUCAAGAUUAUGUGUCAACUACAGAAAGGAUGAAUUGGUGAGUGGUGAGCUUAAGAGUUGGGAGUAUAAGACAAAUUUAGGAGAAUACUGCCCAUGGGAAAACUUAUGCUACUUUUCUUUUAAACAAUCACAUUUUACUCUCAAAACAACUACAAGUAGUGAAUAUGAUUUAUGUCAUUUUAAAGAGAAGAUCGGAGAAAUCAAGUAAAUUGCCUAAGAUAACACAGCUCUAAAAAUGGUAUAACUGGAAUUGAAAGCCAGGUGUCUCCUACCAACGUUCAGUCUAUUUCCAUUAUCCUAAAAUGGCAAUUAAGUGUUGGAGCUGAGUAUAAUUGCUAAAGUUCUUAUCUGAUUUGGUUAAUUGAAUGGCAUUAAGAAUAAGAACAGGUUUUGAGAGAUAAUAAUGAAUUACAUUUGGGGCUUGCUGGGUGUAUUGGGGUCCCUGGAACACUUGCAUGAGUGAUUAAAAGAGUUUAAUGAAUAUAGUACUUUUAAAGGUUUGCAGGGUUAUGGUGGAACCCCAAGAGCUAGCCAAAGUAGGAAGCCUUUAUCACUCCUAUGCCUGAAGAGGCAAGAGAAUAGAAUGGUUUAGACAUCCAGAAAGCCUUAUAGCUUUAGGGAAGAGAUGUCCAAUCAGAACAUCUGAAGGUCGUGUCCUUCAGUAGGGGACCACAACCACCAACCAACACUCUGUAAAAUGAUGUAUGUAAAAUUCUCAGUGAGCCUGGGAGGAAACUAGAGAAUAGAUGCCCAGAUCUCUCUCUUUGUCUUACUGUAUUAUCUCUGGAUGUUGCUCUCAUAGGCCAAAACAGCCCACAUUCAGAGGACAUGGGGCUUGAUUAAUGUAACCCAUAAGGGUCAGGGUGGAGAGGGACCUGGAGAGAACAUGGAGACUACAUGUCAGGCAGGAUGCUGAGCUUGAUCCACACAAGUGGUAAUCUGCAGUGGACAACUGAAUAUAUGAGUCAGGAGUUUACAAAUGAGGGAGAUAUAGAUAUUGAAGUCAUAAGUUAGCCCUGGCACAGCAUUUCUUGGAAUAUGUUAUGAGAAACUCUAGUUCUAUGAUAUUAUUUGUUAAAAACAGUUUUCAUGACAAAACACUUUUGGGCAGCUUAAUAUAUUAUAUUUUUUCUUUUGCAUUUACAAUGCACACACACAUAUAUCAAAGGAUCCAAAAAUUCUGUAUGUUAAGGAAAUCUGUUUAACUUUUUUAAACCAGUGUUCCCCUUUUUUUUUAAUCACAGAAAUAUUUCUAUUUCUGAUAAUACUCAUCAAUUUCCUAAAGAGCAAAUGAUCUCAAAAACACUGUCAUACAAAGGUUAGCUUCAAACAUAACUAAAGAGCAGGUCAGCCAUGAAUCUGAGGCUGUUUAGAACACAGCAUAGACCCAAGAAAGGAAAUGUAGAACACAUUGAUUUAGUCAGCAUUCUCCAGAGAAACAAAACCAGUAGGAGACAUCUAUCUCUCUAUCUAUUUACUGAGAAAAUAUUAUUUAUGUUAAAGGAUUGGCUGAUGCAGCUGCAGGGGCUAGUAAGUCCAAAAUCUGCAGGGCAUGCAGGCAGUCUGAGGGCCCAGGGAAUAGUUUAUUUUGCAGUCUUGAGUCUGAAGGCAGUCUGAAAGAAGACUUCCUUCCUCCUUGGGGGACUUCAGUCUUUUCUCUUUAAGGCCUUCAACUGAUUAGACAAGGCCCAUCCCACAUUACAGAGGGUAAUCUGCUUUAUUCAAAGUCUAUGAUUUAAAUGUGAAUUACAUCUAAAAACUACCUUCGUAGAAACAUCUAGACUUAUCUUUGAUCAAAUAAGUGUUACCAAAGCCUACCCGAAUUGAUGCAUAAAAUUAGCUAUCACAAAUAUCAUUAGAAUACAAACUGAUAAAGCCAAGGAUGAGACAAUAUGAAAGAGAAAAGGGUAUAACAGGCCCCAGUGCUCCAGAGAGAUGGAUAACACAAAGAUUGGCCAGGAAAAUUUAGAUUUGUCAAUUAGAAAAUUAUGCUCAUCUACUCUUGACUCUAAAUUUUCUCUCUGCUACAUAUAAAUGAGGAUGCAGUAGUCAUGAGUUUGAACUAAAGGAUCAACUGUAAGAUUUUUAUUAGUUCCCUUAAUCUCUGAAAGACUGGGUUUCCUCAUCUGCCAGAUGAUAUUUACUAGUAGGAUUUAGUAGUGCUUUCGGAAGAAAAAAGAAUUUUGGAGAGAAAGCUGUGAUGGCGGAGGCUUGGGAAACUAGAUUAAGAAUGGAAUCUUUAGAAUAUUUUGUUUUGGGUCAUAUGAUGUUGACUAUUUGAGAUAUUUCAAUAAAGAUUUAAACAUAUUUUCAAUUUUUUCUUAGAAUUUUAGACUCUUGUUUUUUAUUUUUUUAACUGAAACACUGUACUAGGGCUUGGCCUGAGGUAACAUAGGUAUCUUUCAGUUAAUAUGUUAAAACAAGUAUAAUUCAGCUUAGUGUCAUGGAAAAGUAGGUAAGUAUUAAUAACUGUUGAGUAAAUUUUCUUAAAAACACAAAAACAAAUAGGUGGCAAAGCAUCAAAAGAAAAAAAAAAAGGAAAAUGAAAAGGGAAAGAAAUGAGAGUUCCCCAUGAAUUAUGAGCUAUAAGUAUAUUUUAAUAGACAAGAAACUUGUAUCUCUAAACUUACAACUUUCUUCUUUUGUUAUAUUGGUUUUGAUUUCCUGUUAUUGAUUAUUAAAAAGACCUUUUGUGAAAACAAUUAACUUUUUCUCACUGUCCUAUCCAUAAGAGGAAGCAGUUUUGUUUUUCUUACCCUCUACAGCUGCCAAGAUAGAUAGGGGCAUCUGUCUGUCUUGACUGUUCAGUAUCAAGAGAUAUUUACUCUGAAGACCAGGAAUGUUCCCCAUGAUGCGGGAAACAGGAAAAGGGCCUUCUGUUGAGAUCAGGGCCAGUUUCCUGCUUCACAGCCCUUUCCUAACUGUUAAUGCUAGUAUAAAAGAAAUGGUUUUUUACUUGCAUUUUGACUUGUAAAAGACCAAAGAAGAAGGAUGACACAGUUUGUGAAUUUGAGCGAAUUUGAUCUAAUCUCUUUCUUGUUAUGGAAUUCUAAGUGAAACUUCCUUGUGUCAGCAAGUUUUCUCAUAAAACAUUUUAUAAAAAAGAAUGUUUCCUCCAAUGCUCUUGCUUACAAGUACCAAUUUUUCCUUAUAAAACAUUUGUUUGCGAUCUGGUCUGUUUGACAUAAAUAUUUCUUCCUAUUAUACCAGCUUGUUACAAUUCCAAAUGGCGUCAUCCUUUCCCUCUCUAGAAUGAGUGAGAAAAGUGGCUGCAUCUUCAAGACCCAGUGUAUUUUACAUAGAUGGAGUAAACAGUCUUGGAAAUUGCUCAUUUAAUAAAGGAUAAGGAAUGCUGUAAUCCCCAACACUUUGGGAGGCCAAGGUGGGUGGAUCGCUUCAGCUCAGGAGUUAGAGACCAGCCUGGGCAACAUGGCGAAACCCUAUCUCUACAAAAAAUAUAAAAAUUAGCCGGGCAUGGAGGCGUAUGCCUGUAGUCCCAGCUACUCAGGAAGAUGAGGUGGGAGGAUCACUUGAGCCUGGGAAACAGAGGUUGCAGUGAGCCGAGAUCCCACGACUGCACUCUAGCCUGGGUAACAAAGUGAGGCCCUGUCUCAAAAAAAGAAAAAAAAAAUGCCUGCUUCAAUUAAAUGAGAAUUUUAUAUAAAAACAUUUUUAAUUUACUAGAAUAAAACUUAUAUUAAGAAGUAGAAGACAUAAUGUGUUACUAGUUUGUUUUAAUCCAUAAGAGAUGGUAAAAUCUGUCAUGUAGUGCAUCAGUUCAAAUAAGCCUGAACUCAGCAUAUUGAAAUGAUUACAACUUAAAAACUUGUGGUCUUUAUAUGGGCACUUGCUUCUAUUUUAAGAAUGGAUAUCCAUUAGGCAAAUUUAAAAAAUUGAAAGGCUUCAUUUGAAAAUCAGACUUACACAUGUGUCCCAUAUACUAGUAAUUUUUUAUUUUAAAGUCAAAUCAUAUUUUAAAAUAGCUAUUGAGUCUUAUUAAUUUAUUUAAUAAAUCAAGUCCAAAACUGUUAUAAAAAUAGCAGUAUCUUUGAAAUAGUACUUUAAGGUAAUGUAUGUUUUGGUUUUGAGUUGCAACCAACUUUUUCUUGUACUGAUAAUUUAGUCAUGAAAAGAAAAACUCAAUUUUCUAAUGUUUCUAGGCAUCCUUGACAUUUUAAAUGUAAUGAAAUAUUCUUGCAGUCCAUUUCCAAUUACAGAAAAAUGUAGAAAAACAUAUAGAUAAAAUAUGGAAAAAGUAAUUUUAUGUAAGUAACAUGAUAUUGUAAAUGAAAAGUUGUUGGAAAAGAAACUUAUAUUUAUGUUUUCUUUACUAUUUCUACAAGACACUUUGGGAAAGCUUACAAUAAAACAUCUUGAGUAAGCAAUGAUUCUGCAUAAAAAUUUAAAAGAGUUUUUUAGGAAUUUCCAAAUGUCAGCAACACCAAACAAACAAACAAAAGCAUUUGUAAUUUAUGGAGUUAUCUAAAGAGAUAAGUGCAUGUGAAUUCAGCUUCUCCUCUGAGUCCAAGUCAGUAAACUUUGAGCAUUUGCCUUCUGAAAUGCAAAAGCACUGAGUGGAAAAAUAAAAUAUAGCAUCUCCUUUUCCUUC